GUGUGGUGCAGAAUCAAAACAAUUAAAAUGUGACAGCUCGGCAGCGCAGCGCGAAAAGGCUUCUACAAUGCAGUGGGACAUGCUCCUGCCAGUGUCAGAGAUCCACGACACCGUCUGAACAACGUGUUCACCGGACUGUGAGGGAUGCCCAUCCGAGGAAACGGGGCUUUUGGUUAGGUGAUCCGCUCUCUGUGCAGACCAGCUGCUCGGCUUCUGCAGCUAACCAAAGUUGCUCCAUGGCGAUCUAUGGGCUGAACAUUACCAUAUAUAGACCGGCCGCAGAGCUCCCUCGCCGGUGAAAUGUAAACGGUGGCUCGCUGAGGAGGCUGACUGAACAAAACAACUCCGAGAAGGAUCAAACGGUAGCCAGCUUCACCAUGUCAUCUGAUCAGAUCAUUGCCAUCGUCAUGGAGGACAAAAUCUACGAGGUGAAUAAAAAGAAGCUGAUAGAGAAGAGCGACUACUUCCGCGCCCUGUACAGCUCCGGUAUGAGGGAGUCCACGGAGGACUCGGUGCAGCUGCAGGGGCUCAGCGUCCCCGGCCUGGAGGUGGGCCUCGAGUUCAACAACACCUCCAAGGUUCAGGUUGUCAACGAGACUCUGGAGGACCUGAUUGAAACCGCCUCCUUCUUGCAGGUCACCUCCAUCCUCAAGCUGCUCACCUCGGAGAUCCGCCUGGACAACUGCGUGGAGCUGUUCAGCCUCUCGGAGGUCUACGGUACUCAUGAUCUGCGUAAUGCUUGCCUCAAGUACAUGAGCUGCUACUAUCACCCCAUGCUGAGGCGGCCAGAGUUCACCAGCCUCCCCUCUGCUGUCAGAGACCAAGUCAGGGAGAUGCGCAUGAAAGGCACUGCCACCCUGGUAGCCAUCGGAGACUUCACCUGUCUGUCCCUGGACGUGCCAGAUCAGGAUGAACCCUGGUCCAUGCUGAGGUAUGUGGAGGUGGAGCAGCGCUGGAAACCCCUGGCCAACAACCUGCCUCCAGAUAUGAUCAACGUGAGGGGCUAUGGCUCCGCCGUCCUCGAUAACUACCUGUUCAUAGUGGGUGGAUACAGGAUGACGAGCCAGGAGAUCUCUGCGGUGCACUGCUACAACCCCUGCAGGAACGAGUGGAACCAGGUGGCUCCGCUCAACCAGAAGAGGUCCAACUUCAAGCUGCUGGCAGUACAAGGGAAGCUGUACGCUGUAGGAGGCCAGUGUUUGGGCACGGUGGAGUGUUACAGUCCAGAACAGGACUGGUGGACCUGUGUGUCCUCGAUGCCCGAUCCGCUGGCUGAGUUCUCUGCCUGUGAAUGCCAGGGGAUGAUCUACGUCAUGGGCGGAUACACUGCGAGAGACAGGAACACGAGUGUCCUCCGCUACUGUCCCACCUCCGACACCUGGACCGUGUUUCGGUCAUGCUCGGCGCACAUCCGCAAGCAGCAGAUGCUCUCGGUGGAGGACACCAUCUACCUGGUGGGUGGCUACACCCAUGAGCUGGAGGUGGGCCGGCGGCGUGCCAGCCAGACUGAGGAUGUGCUGACUGUGCAGUCCUACAACGUGACUACGGGGGAGUGGAUCCAGCUGAAGGAGAACACGUCCAAGUCGGGCCUGAACCUCACAUGCACGCUGCACAACGACGGCAUCUACAUCAUGAGCCGGGACGUCAGCCUGCCCACCAGCCUGGAGCACCGCGUCUUUCUCAAGUACAACAUCUUCUCCGACGCCUGGGAGGCCUUCAGGCGCUUCCCGGCUCUGGGACAGAACAUGCUGCUCUGUUCGCUUUACCUCCCCAACGUGCUAUGACUGAGAGGGCCAAUGGUUCAGUGAACACUAACAGAUAGUGGAGCCUAUGCAGCAUUAAUAUAGGCCAGUGUGUGGCUUUGCUUGUUGUUGCACUGAAUGGGGCUCUGUGGCAUUAGUGGAAACAGUGUUCGGUUGCCAGGUUGAAUGCCUUGUGACCUCUGUGCCUCAAAAACAAAAACGCACUACAUUGUACAUACUGCUGUGGAUGCAAACACAAAAGCUACAAUGACAAUUAUGAAAGUGAUGAAGCGCUAUGGCCCGUAGGUCAACAGCAUCAUAGCAGCUAGCCCCAGUUUGUGCCUCUCAUGUAUUUAUUUACAUUUAGUUAUGCUCAAGUCUCAUUAGCGAUAAUUAUCCGGACAGUUUGAAAAACCCAGAAGGUUGAUAAACAACACUUACUGCUGUUCUGAAGGUAUAAAGGAUCCUCAAAGACUCUCCUGAAGGUGGGGUCGGUGAUUCUAAUCCAGUACACUUCUUAUAUCUCCUCAUGGCUGUGUAAAUGGGAAACAAACAAAGUGGAUUUGAGUGGGAAACAGAACACUAACUUGUUAUUCCAGCCAGGAUUUAAUUGUAAAACAGCAAAGUUUUUUUUUUUAAUGUGCAGCAGAUAGAAUAUUUCUCCAUCCCGUGUUUUAGGAUCCAGCAGCAGUAAUUAUUUUUCAGAGGAACAGAUGGUUACCAUUGGUGAAUGUUACACCAAUACAUACAGGCACAAACUGGGGCUACAUAACAGCAUGCUUUUAAAUCUAUGGGCCAGAAUAUUAUUGAUGUUUACACUCCAAAUAUGGCAUUGGCAUACAUGUUUAUCCAUAAUUCACUACAAACCUUAAAAUGCAUUUCUUGUCUAUAUGUACUGUACAUAGCAGAUAAUCAUUAAAAAUGGCUUUGGUUUUACACUGCCAGUUUUAUGGGAAUUAAAGGUCCCUUGAAAGCUGUUGUUUGGGUUGACAAGUGGCUCAGAUGGAGCUUAAUAUGUCGUAUGCACACUUGCACAGUCUUAUUUUCCAGAGAUACACUAAGCAAAGCUUAAAGCGCAAUUCCAUGAACUGAACGAUGCACAUGUGCCUUCUGCAACCUCAGUUAAUAGGAACUUAAAAUAAUAAAAAAAAAAGCACAAAAUGCAAGACUUUGUUACAUUGCCAGCAACUGACCAAAACUGCUGUGUUGUAUUUAUUUUUUUCUGCUAAAGCAGAUUUUGUUUCCAUUAAGGUACUUUUCAGUUCCUUGAUUAAAUAAUGGGGAUGUGCCGACAUGAGAAAUGAGCCUCAAAGCAAAAUUUAUUUGCGAAACUCUUGAAGUUUUGUGUAAAUGCAGCACUUAAAAUGUUUAAUUUGGUGGAUUUCAGACUCUCUUUGCAUUCAUUAUUUGUUUGACGGUUUAGACAAAUAAGGUCAUGGUAAUAAAGAUGAUGUUCAGGGGUUCA